GUCUAGUUCAUGCAGUCAUGGUGAUGCGCGUUUAGCACGAGCCCUGACCGCAACGCAGCGAUUUGUGUGCUAUUAAAAUUUCUUUUAAUACAAAGGUUUUCUAUUAAGAGUACUCACAAAGCCCGUGGCAUGUUUCUUGAGGAGAUCCUCAGUACAUGUGGAGUGACUGUAUUCCUCUGUGUCUUUACUCUGCUCCUGCUGGCACUUCAUGGUCAGCGAAAAAGACCAGGCUGCAUCUUGCCUCCAGGUCCCAGACCAUGGCCGCUGGUGGGCAACCUUCUUCAAACGGGGGAACAGAUCCAUUUGUCCCUAACCAACCUGAGAGCUCAGUAUGGAGAUGUCUUCCAGAUGAAGAUGGGUUCCCUCGUGGUGGUGGUUUUGAGCGGUUAUUCUACAAUCAAAGAGGCUUUGGUAAGGCAAGGAGAGGCGUUUGCCGGACGUCCUGAUCUUUUUACCUUUUCUGCAGUUGCUAAUGGUACCAGUAUGACGUUUAGCGAGAAGUAUGGUGAAACUUGGGUGCUUCACAAAAAGAUCUGCAAAAACGCCUUGAGGACCUUCUCCCAAGCGGAACCGCGAGCCUCAAACGCCUCUUGUCUCUUAGAGGAACGUAUUGGUGUAGAAGCAGUGGAGAUGGUGGAGGCUCUGAAGGAGCAAGGAGCUGAGGCGGGAGAUGUGGGGUUUGAUCCAUCCAUAUUGCUAGUGACAUCGGUUGCCAAUGUGGUUUGCGCUCUGUGUUUUGGAAAGCGAUACGCCUAUAAUGACAAAGAGUUCCUCACCAUUGUCCACAUUAAUAAUGAAGUUCUGCGCAUCUUCGCUGCAGGGAAUCUCGCAGACUUUUUUCCCAUCUUCCGUUACCUGCCCAGUCCAUCGCUGAGAAAGAUGGUCCAGUACAUAAACAGGAUGAACGACUUCAUGGAACGCAACAUCAAGGAACAUCUCAUUACCUUUGAUAGGAACUGUAUCCGGGAUAUCACAGAUGCUUUAAUUGCCAUGUGUGAGGACAGAGAGGAGGACGGGGAAACAGCCACGCUCAGCAACUCACAGAUUGUGAGCAGUGUUAUUGACAUCUUUGGAGCCGGUUUUGACACUAUCAUCACAGGUUUACAAUGGAGCCUUUUGUAUCUAAUCAAGUUUCCAGACAUUCAGGCUAAGAUCGUCCAGGAGAUAGAUAACCAGGUUGGAAUGGACAGGCUUCCACAGUUUAAAGACAAGCCAAACAUGCCAUACACUGAAGCCUUUAUAUGUGAGGUGUUUCGCCAUGCAUCCUACGUCCCCUUCACCAUUCCUCACUGCACAACUGAAAAUGUUACACUCAAUGGAUACUUCAUUCCUAAAGACACAUGUGUGUUCAUCAACCAGUAUCAAGUCAACCAUGACAUGGAGAUUUGGGGUGACCCAGAGUCCUUCCGCCCAGAACGCUUCCUUACCCAGUCUGGUAAUGUAAAUAAAAUGCUUACAGAGAAGGUGAUGAUAUUCGGUUUGGGAAUACGCCGCUGCCUUGGUGACAGUUUUGCCCGUCUGGAAAUGUUUAUGUUCUUAACCACGUUGCUCCACCAUCUAAACAUAGAAAAUAUUCCCGGGCAGAAGCUUGAUCUGAGCUCCACAUUUGGUCUCACCAUGAAGCCCAGACCCUUCCGAAUAAAAAUCGUAUCUCGUUACUAAAUUAAUAUAUAUAUUAUUUGUCAUUAUAUGAACACCAAAUGUACAGAAUCACUUCUGUGACAGCUAAGCUUAAUACUUUUGAGGUCUAUUGGAAUUUUGCUGCUGUACCAAUCUUUAUUCAUUAUGCAUUCUGCUCACAUGUUUCCUGUUGCACAUACAUUAUAUUUUUCAUAUUCAUGCCAUGUUUGUGCUAUUGCAUGAGGGGUAUGUAACUGGUUACUGUGUGUACUUUUAAUACAUUGAAAAUGCUAUUUGUUAUUUUCAACCCAGCUUUGGGGAUGGGUUGUUUCAACACAAAAAUGCAGGGUUAUUUUAGCCCAUUGUUGGGUCAAAUAAAAAAUGUUCUGGGUUAAUUUAACUCAGCGGCUGGGUUCGUCGCUUUUUGACACAACACUGGGUUGAAAUAACCCAGAAUUUUUUGAAUGCAAAGGAAAGUGUGGAUUUUAUAGCAAAUUAAGGUUUGAAAAGUGAAGUCAGUUAAAAAGCUGCUUUUGUUAGAAUAAAAAGUGCCUUUAAAAACUUUUAGUGCCUUUUAGAAAGAAAGAAUGUAUGUUACACAAGAAUGUAAUUAAUGGUGUUGUGAUUUUGCAGUAAUAAACAAAUAUUAUUGAACAAAUCAGUUGUAAUAUAGUAUAUAGGACUAAUGGAUAGUCCUGAAUAUAAUGCAUAGUCCUCAGGUUUUUUUUCUUUUAUCAUUUUAUUUGUCAGGUC